UUAGUUUUUUUUAGAGAUAUAUUAAAAAGAAACUAUUUAAAUGGACGUUACUGUUUGGAAGUCGAACUGGAGGACUUAACAGGCUACGACGAGGUUUUGGCAGAUAAAUUGCAUAAGCAACCUACUGAACAUUUACAAAUAUUUGAAGAAGCCGCCAGAGAGUUCGCAGAUGAGAUAACAUCUCCCAGACCUGAACUUGAAGAACAGUUGCAUGAUAUCCAAAUAUUACUUUCUUCCAAAGCUAAUCCAACGAAUGUGCGUGAUUUAAAAUCAGACAGUGUUUCUAAAUUGGUAAAAAUUGCUGGAAUUAUUGUCUCUGCGUCAGGUAUUAAGGCAAAGGCUACUAGAAUGUCGAUCAUGUGCCAGUCAUGUAGCACCGUCUUGCCGAAUUUGAAAGUAAAUCCUGGUUUAGAAGGCUUUGCACUUCCUCGAAAGUGUACCUCGGAUCAGGCUGGACGUCCCCAAUGCCCAUUAGAUCCAUUCUUUGUAAUGCCAGACAAAUGUAAGUGUGUGGAUUUUCAACUUUUGAAAUUACAAGAGUUGCCUGAUUUUGUACCACAAGGAGAGAUACCUCGGCAUUUACAACUAUUUUGCGAGAGAUCAUUGUGCGAACGUGUUGUACCAGGUAACAGGGCUCUUAUACAAGGUAUUUAUUCUAUUCGAAAAAUUGGAAAGCCAUCCCGACAAGAUGGCCGAGAGAAAGCCGUUGUAGGAGUUCGUGCGCCUUACAUGCGCGUUGUAGGGAUAACAGUUGACACCGAAGGAUCUGGUGCAAUAUCUCGUUACAGUAAUGUGACAACGGAAGAAGAAGAAACGUUUCGCAGGAUGGCAGCAUCUUCAGAUAUUUAUGAUCGAUUAUCCAAAUCUUUGGCUCCCAGUAUUUUUGGAUCAGAAGACAUAAAAAAAGCAAUAACUUGUAUGCUUUUUGGCGGGUCUAGAAAGAGAUUACCUGACGGACUGAGUAGGCGGGGCGAUAUAAAUGUUUUAUUACUAGGAGACCCUGGAACUGCAAAGUCACAGCUUUUAAAGUUCGUUGAAAAAGUGGCCCCAAUCGGCGUAUAUACUUCCGGAAAAGGUUCCAGUGCUGCGGGCUUGACAGCUUCCGUCAUGAAAGAUCCAUCAACGGUGAAUAGUUUUUAUUUUUAUAAACUUGGGAGGUACAAUACAAUCUCAUACGAUAUACAUAUCGCACAUCGUCUUCAAAAGAGGCACAACUUAAAAUUACACGUUUGUCAGAAAAUACGUAAAACUAUUUCUUAGCACAUGAUAAUCAAAUGGGCAAGAGAGACUACCUAAAUUGUAACAAAAAUUUGCUCCAGCGUAAGGCGAAUUUAUACUAGGUGGUGUUGGCAGAACAAAAACAAAAACUUCAAUAACAAAUUAUACGCUCAUUGACAAUAAGUACUAAACAAACACAUCAUGCGCCGUGAAAUCAGCGGAUCCGGUAUCACCACCUCGUAAGAUUUUCUCGAGCGCACAAUUUCAACAAGUAAUUUUUGAGCGAAAAG